AUGUCUGCUGACCAGAACCAGAGCGCCGCAUGGCCCUUGGCCGAUGCCGCCUUGACCCAGGAGCUGCUUGACCUCGUCCAGCAGUCGGCGCACUACCGCCAGCUCAAGAAGGGAGCCAACGAGGCCACCAAGACCUUGAACCGUGGUAUCUCGGAGAUCGUCAUCCUGGCCGCCGACUCCACCCCUCUGGCCAUCCUCCUCCACCUGCCCCUGCUGGCCGAGGACAAGAACACCCCCUACGUCUUCGUGCCCUCCAAGAUCGCCCUGGGCCGUGCCGCCGGUGUUUCGCGCAGCAUCAUUGCCUGCUCCAUCACCUCCAACGAGGCCUCGGACCUGCAGAACCAGAUCCGCGCCAUCAAGGACAAGAUCGAGCGUCUCAUGAUCUAA